UUUCACUUCCGUGUCUUUUCCCGGAAAUGAUUGGUUGGCAUUGGCAACGUUUUAGCCAGGUCUAACGGCGGAUAGUCUCUGAAUAAAGAAAUCGAAAGAAAGGGCCAUAAAAAGAAUUCAGCAGAGGACUUCUGUACCUUGUAUUCUUCAAAUCCACUCACCAUAGAGGAGCGAGGAGCGAGUACAGACUGCAAACAGAAUGACCAGCUCAUCUGCUCCCAGGAUGGUGAAUAGUUACAAGCGGACUUCAAGCCCCCGAUCCCCUACUAACACUGGGGAGCUUUUCACCCCAGCACAUGAGGAAAAUGUGCGCUUUAUACAUGAUAAGGCCUGUACCACGAAGCAAGUUCAACAUACCCAGGAUAUCUUUUUGUUAUCUGGCUUCACUGACCCUAACAUUUACGAUCGGGACAUGCGGUACCACGAAGCUGCUUAUCAACUCGCCUGGCAGUGUGUGCUUAGAGACAUCAGAUCAACACAAAAUAGUGAACGUAAUGACCGUGGACCACAGGAGUAUGUGGAGAAGAACCCAAAUCCUAACCUACAUUCUUUCACACCAGUGGACCUGAGUGACCUCAAGAAACGCAACACACAGGACUCCAAGAAGUCCUAGUGUUUCUCAUGAUGGUCCAGUCGCUUUUUUUUCUACCCAUUUUCCUCAAGAACUUUUCCUCCAUCAGCCAGAAAGUCAGCCCUAUUGCCCAGUCUAGCACAGAAUGCCAAUCUCCCUCUUUUUUUCCUUUUAUUUUUUUAAACUCUGGACCAUAGAAACCUCCGUCUCUUUCUUUACCCUCUACAAAAGACUAAGAAGAAAAGAAGUGGGAUUCCAGGGAGCACAAAUUCUCCCGUCUCUUGGUUCAUGUUUUUUAAGUGAAAAAAUCUUCAUGUGUACAUUCUUUAUGUGGAUGGGACUGAUGCAAACUUUCAUCCAAAUUUGCUGACAUCUGAUGCUGAGGUACAAACUGUUGACACUCUCCACAGGACUCAAAAGACUGCAGUCUUAAAUACAAACCCUGUUUUCUUUAGUACUGCUACUUAUAUGACUUUGGAGGAAAAUGCAAAAGGGCUGACUGCAUUUUAUUUUAUUUUUAUUUUUUUGGUUUUGGAAGAUAGUUUGAUACGUAAAUUGUAGACGUAAUGGAAUGGUCACAUUGGAUACACACUUUAUGGGCAAGUUUGGGAAGCCAAAUCUAAUGUAGAAGGCCAACAUUUUUAUUCUAAAUUUUCUUUCCCUCAAAUGGACUUUACUAAGUAGAGACCUCCCCAAGUAUGCUGCCCUUGGUUAACCCCCCUCCCCUAAGCCUUGAAACAAAAUGUUGAAUAAAAGACUUUUACAGUA